AGACCUAAAAGAACACGAAGAGUCGACAUGUCUCAUAUAGCUGUAGAAAGAAACAGGAGAAGACAGAUGAAUGAGCAUCUCAAAGUCUUACGCUCCUUGACUCCUUGUUUCUAUAUCAAAAGGGGGGACCAAGCAUCCAUAAUAGGUGGUGUAAUAGAGUUUAUUAAAGAGCUGCACCAAGUUCUGCAAGCUCUUGAAUCCAAGAAACGAAGGAAGAGUUUAAGCCCUAGUCCUGGUCCGAGCCCUAGCCCUAGGCCGCUGCAGCUAAUAACUCUUCAGCCUGAUCAUCAUACACCUUUUGGCCAAGAAAAUGUUAAGGAACUAACUGCUUGCUGCAACUCUUCAGUUGCAGAUGUGGAAGCAAAGAUAUCAGGAUCAAAUGUGAUCUUGAAAGUAAUUUCAAAGAGAAUUCCAGGUCAAACUGUGAGGAUAAUCAAUGUUUUGGAAAGACUUUCCUUUGAGGUCCUUCAUCUCAACAUCAGUAGCAUGGAAGAUACUGUUCUCUACUCCUUCGUCGUUAAGAUAGGGCUGGAAUGUCGGCUAAGUGUGGAGGAACUAGCACUUGAAGUCCAACAGAGCUUCUUCCCUGAAACAUAUUAUACAAAUGAGACAUAGUUUUAAGUUUGCUUGGACUUUGAUGGUUGCUAGUACAUCAAGAAUGAAAUGAUAUGUACGUGAUCAUCAUUGCUUGAGCAUAAAAUUACGCACUUUUUUAUGGUUGUUGCAAUGAUAUAUGCAAAAGAGAGAAACGACAAUAACAUAUAUAAUCAUUUUGAUGAAAAUUCCAUCGCCAUCUUAAGAACAGGAACAGGUAUAUGUUUUCUUAGAAUGUUUAUGAGCAUUUUCUCUGUGGCAACCCAUUCUUACUAAAAGCUGAGAUCAUCUUG